AUGACUGAGAAAAGUGAUCUUAUCAAGAAGGUUAUUUCGGAAUACGAUUGUUCACUAGAAAUAAAGAGUAUUUCACGACCGAACGAUGGUUAUUCGAAUUCAGUGCACUUGAUUACGUUUGCCAAUAAUUCUCAGGUUGAACUCGUCGUCAAAUUUACGAAGCCGGAUGAGGUAACUGAAGUCAUUUUCUAUCGAUUGACGAACGAAAGUCAAUUUCCUGUGCCAAAAAUAUUGAAAUCAGCUGAAAAUUAUUAUAUUGCGUCGAAAUUAUCAGGCGUUUCUCUUUCACAAGUGUUAGAUUCUGUGACACACGAGCAACGAGUAGACAUUUAUCGACAACUAGGCGCAUUCGUUGGGCAAUUACAUGCGAAGUACACUUUCGACAAAUGUGGCUAUCUGAAUAAUCGAUAUUUCCAUAGUUGGAAGGAGAUGUUUCGUCAUAUAAUUGAGAAACAAAUUCUUCAAUUCAAAGGUACAAUAUUCGAAGAACUUGGCAAUAAAAUUCACCAAUAUCUGACGAGAAAUAUCCAUAUCAUUGAUUACGAAAUCACACCAAGGUUAUUACAUAUGGAUCUACACUGUGGAAAUAUUUUGGUAUCCAAUGGGCAACUAACAGGUAUUCUAGACGCUGAAGAUGCAUUAAUUGGACAUAAUGAAUACGAACUUAUGAGAAUUGAAAAAGGCCAUUUCGAAGGGAAUGAUUAUCGAGAUGAUUUCUUAUCGAGUUAUACAAAGUACGUGAAAUUAGACGACGGGUAUGAACAACGACGAUGGUUUUAUUCUUUAUCACGAGAAAUAGUCGGUAUGCAAUGCUUGAUUCGAUUUGGUGAACAAUAUGCACAGACUGGUUCUGUGGAAGAAGAAAAGAAAUUCAUUGAAGAUAAAAUUCAAUCGAUUGUUGAUUCUUUUUUUCGCAGUGAAUAA